UCCUCUCAUUUGUGCUUAUCUUCCGUUUCGGCCCUGUGACAUGUUAUUUUCUUUCAAAGCGACGGUUUGAACUUGGCUGCCGUCAGACCUUUUGCUCAGAGUACAGCCCUCCGCUUCUGUGGAAACAUCAGUUAAGGAACUAAAUUCAGCUGAAGUCGCUCUAAAGAGUGCCAAAGCUCUUCUGCUGCAGGUUCUGCUCAUAGGUGUUGAAUAUCUCAUCCUGAGGUGAAGCGAUGGAGGCGGAUAUCUUUGAGUAUCACAAAGAGGAAGACACACACAUCGAGUCUUUUCACGGAGAGAAGCAGACGUUCAUUCAGCCAACGUCUUUAAAAGACCCCAAACUAGAAAAACUAAAGCAGGCACUGGUUUACUGGAUCAAUAGCACUUUGAAAGCAGAGCACAUAGUGGUUCAGAGUCUGGAGGAGGAUCUGUAUGAUGGACUGGUGCUUCAUCACCUGCUGUCCAGGUUGGCCGGUGUGCACGUGUCUGUGGCGGACAUCGCACUGACCAGCCUCGCUCAGAUCCGCAAGCUGGGACUGAUCCUGGAGCAGUUGGACAAGAGACUGGGCCUGCAGGACGGCAGUCGGAUCAAGUGGAACGUCAAACUCAUCCACAACAAAGACCUUCUGGCCACCAUUCAUCUGCUGGUUGCCAUGGUGAGAGCGUUCCAGCCUGAACUGGAUUUGCCUCAGAAUGUGACGGUCGAAGUUGUGGUUGUGGAAGUGAGCAGAAGUGGAAUCAAAUCCGAUGUACACACGGAGGUCCUGACCGAGGAGCGGGAUGCGGGCUCAGGCUCCCAAAGCAAGAUUGAAAGGGAGGAUCCCAUCGAGCAGCUGCUGAAACUUGAGGCUCACAAGGUCGACACGGUGAAAAAGGCCAUCUUACACUUUGUGAACCAGAAUAUGUCGUCCAUGGGUCUGCAGGUGGCUGAUAUGGACACGCAGUUCGCUGACGGCGUGAUUCUGCUGCUGCUGAUCGGACAGCUGGAAGGCUUCUGUGUCCCGCUGUGUCACUUCAACCUGACUCCCGUCAGUCCCUCUGAGAUGCUUCACAACGUGACCUUGGCCUUGGAUCUCCUUAAUGACACAGGCCUUCAAGUGUCAAGCGUUGAUCCGCAAGGACGCCAUCGCCACCUUGAAGGUCCUGUACGCGCUGUUCAAGAAGCACAAAGGGAAAUGAGAGAGGAGGUACACUCAAGGAAACUCAAGGACAGAGAAAAGGUUAAAGGAACUAUAAACAGUAACAACAGCGACGUUCACACUUAUUCGGUUCACCCCGUUUUCAUGCAGAUGUGUUUGUUGACAUUCAGGAAGCCAAUUUAUUUGUUUCCACCAGUGUGAUUGAAAAUGCUCUAAAUUCACAUUUUAUUUCCCCUGACAUUUCAAAAGGUUUGCAUAAAAUUGGCUUAGCAGUGGGAUGGAAACAGAGCUACUGUAUAGAGAGAGAAGACAGAGACACUGAGGUGUGUGUUGCUCUUGUUCAUCAUGUAAAUUAGUCAUUUCAGAGGGCAGUUAAAGUAUUAUGAAAUCAAAAUGGCUCAUCUUCUGUUUUCCAAUUCACAGCCUUUGAACUACACAUCCCGAGUGAUAGUAAACAAGAUUUGUUUGUUGAAAAUUAAAUAGCACAUUGCUUUAUGAAAAGCAAAACCCAUUGUAGUACACGACCAAACCAUGAAUGAACAAUAAAGUGCCGUCUAUUUGCAUUUUAUGGCCUCUCAAGUAUACAUUUUGAUAGUCGGGUGUUACAUAUUCCAUUCAAUCAUACAUGUUUGUUUGUCAUCUCUAACAUUAGGUGGUCUAUAAAAAUAUUAUCAAUAAAUCUUUCUGCAUACUGUCUUUUAUGUAACUUUAUCUGAUUCUGUUUUGUAUCUGAAUGUUAAGGGAAAUGUAUGUUUUUAUUCAUCAAAUGUUGUGUAUUUCAGGUACAGUCAAAGGGUUUUGAGUCUGUAUGAAGUUUGCUAAUAUAUUUUAAAAAAGACAAAAAAAAGUGUGUUAUUGUUGCAAUAAAUGGCUAAAACCUUGGUGCAAAAGGGAUAUGAAUGGACUGUUUACUGCGCCUUCAAAUAGAAUCUGUAAAUGACAUGGAUUGAACAAUAUUCAUGCAAAUGUACAAAAUGAUUUAUCUGUUUCUUUACCUAUGAUAACAUCACCAUCACCAAUUAUCUGCUUUCCUGAUAUGAAAUAAAUGUCUUUUUAAAAAAUGA